AUGUUCAAGUUUAAACUUGGACAUAAACAGCCUGAAGAGAAUGAAGCUCGUCGACGUCUUCAAAAGGAAUUAUUCGGAUUAAAUAAAAUUUGUGUUCGUGGUUUUCCUUCACGACCAUCGGCACUUGCUUAUGAUUCUCAAUUAAAAUUAAUUGCUAUUGGCACACAUACGGGUGAAAUUCGCAUUUAUGGCCAACCUAAUUUUCAAUUAUCAUAUAGUCUUGAUCCAAAUUCAUCAUCAUCUAUUCGUAAAUUAAUGUUUCUUGAUGGUGUCGGACGACUUCUUGUUUUAACUAUUGAUGGUUAUUUACAUUUACUGGAAAUAAAUAAUUAUCAUCCAUCAAUAAAUGAUUUUUCAUCAAAUAGUACAGUACGGAUUGAUCGUACCUGUACAUCAAGUGAAGAUGAUUCAGUUAUACUUAAAAAUACACAAACAAUAUGUUUAUUAAGAAAUCAUUUGAAUCUAUUAAUUGGUCUUGAUGAUGGAAAUAUUUAUUCUUUUAAUAUUGAAAAUUUUUCACUUAAUAUUAAUCCAAUUAUUUCAACUGAUGUUAUUGAAAAAACAAUUGUUGAAUAUUGCAGUGGUCGUAUAAUUCAUCCGGGUCCUGUACAAUCAAUUGUUCAACAUCCAACUAACGAAGAUAAAAUAUUGAUUGGAUAUAAAAAUACACUUAUUGUACAUUGGGAUUUGCCAUCGAAUAGUCAUGAUCGAACUUAUAUUUAUAAACAAGAAGUCGAAUCUGUUUGUUGGUAUAAUAAAGGUAUGAAUUUUGCUACAUGCCAUAAUAAUGGAAGUUAUGCAUUGUGGGAUGCAAAACAACAAUUAAAUAUAGUUGAAAUGGAAAAAAAUCCAUAUGGACCUUACCCAUGUACACCAAUGACUAAAAUUUGCGUUAAAAUUAUGCGAAAUGGUGAUCCUUUAAUAAUAUUUGCCGGUGGUUUACCUCGUUCAAGUUAUUCAAAUAAGCAUAGUGUUAGUUGUUUAUCUGAAAAUGAACAUGAUCAUAAUAAUGAACGAACACGGCAUGUUACUUUUGAUUUUACAACGCCAGUUAUUGACUUUUUUACUAUUGAUAAAUCAUCAAGUGAUAGUUCACGUGAUGAUCCUCAAUCAGUUGUGAUUUUAUUAACUGAAGAAAUAGUUGUUAUUGAUCUUGUUACGGAUAGUUGGCCAUCAUAUCAUUUACCUUAUUUAAAUAGUAUUCAUGCAUCACCUGUUAUAUGUACAACAAUAGCAUGUAAUGUGAAUCCACAAUUUUAUAAACGACUGGUUAAUUAUGCAACAAUUCAAUUUGAUGAUUAUUCAGAUCGAAGAUGGCCAAUAACAGGAGGAGAAAUAAAAUGUAAUUCAAAUCAUUUAGAAGAUGAUACAGAACAACGACAUUUAUUACUUACAGGACAUGAAGAUGGAUCAGUACAAUUUUGGGAUAUUACUAAUAUUUCAAUGCCAUUAAUUUAUAAAUUAAAAACAAGUGACUAUUUUCAAAUUGAACAAGCACCUAUUGAUGAUACAGAAGAAGAAACAUGGCCACCAUUUCGAAAGACGGGUCUAUAUGAUCCAUAUUGCGAUGAUCCUCGUUUAGCCAUACAAAAAUUAUCUCUUUGUACAAAUACAGAUACACUUAUUAUUGCUGGAACAGCUGGACAAGUUCUUACCUUUGAAUUUUCAACUGAUUCUACCGAAGUGAAUAUAGCUACAACAACAGUAAAUUUACUUGAUGGUUGUGAAAGUUUUAUUUGGAAGGGUCACGAAGAAAUGAAAACAAAACAAACAUUUAUUCCAUCUGGUCUUGUUCUUACAUCAUUAGUCCAAUUGUAUCCGCCAGCUGCUGUUUCAGCAUUAGCUCUAUGUUCUGAGAUUCAAAGUUAUGCUGUUGGUACUGCACAUGGAUUUACAAUAUUUAACUAUAAACAAAAUCGAAUACUUGCUGCUAAAUGUACACUUGAUCCGAGUGCUUUAGGAAAUACAUCAACUGUACCUUUAUCAAUGGGUGAAUCAACAUUAAUACGUGGGCGUUCUUUGAAAAAGUCUCUUCGAGAAUCAUUUCGACGUUUACGUAAAGGACGAACAAUAAAAAAAGCCACAAUGAUACUAACACCAAAACGAACAGAUGAAAAUAAUCCAUUAUCACCAGCUAAUAUUCAUUUGGAAGAAAUUAUUCGUGUACCUGUUGAAAGACAAGUUGAGUUUAGAGAAUUUAAACCUGUUGAUGAUCAAAUUGUCAGCAUGGUUCGUUGCCUUUAUUUUGCUAAAACUUAUCUUAAUAGUGUCAAUGAUCGAACUCGCUCACUUUGGGCUGGUACAAAUGGAGGUCAUGUAUAUGUUUAUUCUAUAACUGGUUCUGAAUCUCAAUCAAUAAAUACACUAACAAAUGGAACUCCUAUUGCGACAGAUCAAACAAGUAUAUGUUCCAUGGCGAAAGAAAUUCGAUUAAAACAUAAAGCACCUGUAUUAAGUAUUAUUGUACUUGAUGGUUCCAACCAAUCAAUAGGACAAGGUUCUAGUAUUCCAACACUAGAAUCAGUAUCUUCAACUUCAAAUGUUCCUGUUUCAGCAACAACUCAUACAGAAAAUGUUUCACUAAGUUCGUCAACAGCAAAUACUUCACAUAAAGUUCUUAUUUGUUCUGAAGAACAAUUUAAGGUUUUUACAUUACCAAAUUUAAAACCAUCUUGUAAAUUUAAAUUAACUGCAACAGAAGGUACUCGUGUACGAAAAGUAAAUAUUAAUCAAUUUACGCUUAAAACAGAUAAUGCUAAUGAAUUCCAUUCCGAAUCAUGUCUUGUGUGUUUGGAUAAUAUGGGUCAAAUAAGUAUCUAUACAUUGCCAACACUUCGUCGUCAAAUAUUAUUUAGUUGUAUAAAAGCAAGUGAUAUAAAUGCUUUAUCGAGUGUUCAAUUUUCUCCCUUUGCACAUGCUCUGUAUUUACAAUCAUCAUCUGAAUUAGUUCAAGUUACAUUUUCACCACAAACAAUUCUACCGUAUUCAAUGUCUAUUACAUAUGAUAAAAUUCGACGAAAAACAAUACAAAGAUCUGAUUUAGAAAAAUCUGUUCGACAAAUAAGUCCAGAAAAAACUUUAUCUAAUGGACAAGAAAGUCUUCUAUCAUAUGUAAAAAUAAAAUAA